UUUUCAUUUGAGAUUCAUACGAAGAAGCUCCAGCGCCAUUCAUAAAAUUCGUGGCCCCAAUUCAUAUACAUAUAAUUCAUAUAAUACGAUAUCCCCCAUUAUCCGGAUUCUUGUUCAUUCUGUUCUUAUUGUUAAUUGUUCAUACUCUCCUUUGAUUCUCAGCUGAGAUCAUAUAUACAAAACUAAGCUUGUUUUGUUGUCUUCUUUUUUCCUAAAUUUUUCAGAUGGGAUCAUCCAAACCCUAAUAAGGUAAUAUUAUCAUGGUUCAACUAUGUUGACAAUCCAUACUCCGGGAGUCGGUAGCAAGUCUGGCAUUUAUUUGGAUGCUGGCACCCUGCAUGGGGCUACUCCCUGCAAGGUUCCAUAUGUUCCUCCCUUGAUUAAUACUCUAAUUUCUCAUAUCCCUAUAAGGGGUCCUCGUAAUAAAGGUUUACAUGGUUCCUCUUCCUCUUGGGAAAGCUGUGCUCGGCUUAAGAUCCAUUACCUGUCACAUCAAACAGCUCCAAAGAGAUGGCUGUGCCAAUUGCAUGAUUCUAUUCCACCAGAAGAUGAGUAUCGUUCAUCACGCAAUAUAGCAAUCAGCUUGUUCAGGCGAUACAGGAACUUUGCUGACCGUGGAGGAGGUGACAACCUAAAAGAGUUUAUUAGUGCUGGGGUAAAUGCAUAUGCGCUGGGAUGCACUGAUGAAGGACUACGGAAAGAACUUACUGAUAUGAAAGAAUCUGGUGUUGAAAUUGAAGUAAUGCAAACUUAUGGUGGAAGCACCAGCCUGAAAUCCAAGAUUUUCUCCUCGGAGGUUGACGAGUGUAUUUUGUGGUUGAGCAUUAUAUUCAUCACGAUAUUGUGUACUCCACAACCAACCAUAGUUCGAUGGUCAUCCACACCUCCUGUGUCAGAUGAAAUAUUGCUUCAGUGGAAAGGCUUUUGUGCUAUCAUUGCAAAUGCAUACUAUAUGAGGGGAAUGGCAUGGCUUCCAGUGAAGACUCUCCAGCUAGAGCAAAUGGCAGUGGUGGGCCGUGCUGAGGAACCAUCAGUUGUUGCAAGCCGAAUGAGAUUAGUGUUUAGCACGCUUGAGGUUGUGAGUCCACAGUGGCCGAGAGUGUAGUGUGGAUGGUUAAACAUGAAAAGUGCAUUCCCCUGGAAUUUUACUUUGGGUUUACGACUUUACAGUAAUCCGUAAAGUUGUAAAUUAGUGUAGCAUGAUAUUCUGCAACUGCUGUGUUUCUCCACAAUGCACUGCAGAUUUCUAUUUAGAAGAAUGUGGCUCUACUUGUACUCAACUAUACUUUCAUUUUUAAUCUUAGAUGCUAAGUUUGUUAUUAGCAUUCGUACUUCUCAAUUUAUUGGCUAAUGUAAUAAGGAACCAUCAUAGUAAUUUACUUAAGUGAGAGAUGGCCCGAAAUAGAUCUGAAUCGUUGUUGAUAA